AAAUUCAAACUCGUUUUCAUGCUUUUCAUCACUAUCUUCUUCUCACUCAAAAACCAUCGUUAGUUUCUCUAAUUCACAAGAGCCAAAAAAACUAUGGAAGAAGUUAUCAACGAACAGUCAUCAGUUGAAGUUACUGGGAACUCUGCAUCGAGAUCUAAACUUCUGAGAUAUCCGCUGCGUUCGUCUAAUAAAGCGAAGGAAAUGAAGCCAGAUUCAUCUAAUAGCACCAAUCCUUCUGAAUCGAAGAGAGGAAGAAACACUCCCAGCGUAAGCAAAAGUGUGGGAGUUCUUGAUUUCUCUAGCAAGGGAAAAUCUUCAAGUGCUAAACCGCCAAGAAGGCUCUCCAAUCCUGUCAAGGCAUCUCCCACUCCAAGUCCAAAGGCAGUUGGCAACAUAACCCCAAUCUCAGAGACAAGAUCAAGGAGGUCUGGGAAUAGCCAAGGACCUCAAACCAGAGUCCAAACACCUGUUUCUGACAUUUUUAGAUCAACUGCUCGGAAGUUUAGUCUGUUGUCUUCUGCUUCAUAUUGGCUGAACCAAAUUAAGCUGUCUGAAAGUGCGGCCAAGCACAGCAUUUCUCUUGGUUUCUUCAAAUUAGCCUUGGAGGCAGGAUGUGAGCCCUUCCAGAAAUUACAAGAUGAGCUGAAGUCUUAUUUGCGCCGACACACGCUUGAUGAACAUGGAGAACUAGUGAAGGAACUGGUAGAAAGCUAUAACAUUGCAGAAACAGUAGAACAAUCUCAAGUUUCUGAAACCAUAGAACAACCUCAAGUUUCUGAAAGUAUUUCACAGAUGCCAGAAGAGGGAACUCGAUCUACUGAUGAUGAAGUGCAGAAGUCCUCUUCUUCUACCAUGGGUACUGGUAAACUAACCCCAAAAUGCUUAAACACCAAUUCUCCUCAAAUUACCACGCCUCCUGUUACCAUCACAGAGCCAACCAAGAAGGAAACCAACCAAAAGAAAAAUCUUGGAUCCAAGUUGAGAGAAAAUCUCAAAAUGAACUCUGCAAAUUCAAAACCUGCUUCUGAUAGCAGGAAUCUUAGGUCAGUUAAAAAGUCAGAGAAGCCUAGUAAGCUUGAAACCAGUAAGAGUGGAGUCAAGAAACGUGGAAAAAAAACUGAUGCUAAAGAAGUUUCUGUUAGUCCUCCUACUACACGUGCUGGAGAAAAAGAAAACAUGGAUGUUCGUUCCACGGAUGAUGAUUUGAUCGAAGCUGUGUAAACAAUGCUUUUGGGUCUGCAGUUCUGAAAUUUGUCAUUCUCAAACUUUGUUUGGUCGAGUAUAAUGUUCUGUGUGUGGAGUUUGCUUGAUCUUUAUAGGAGUGAAGAAGAAAAAUUGAUUACUUGUGUAAUACUUCUGCAAUGCGUUAAAGAAACCAAGCUGUAUUGAAUGCAAUGGAUUGGUUAUGUCUAUAAUACUCUAUAGUUGAUUUUAUUAUAUUUGUGAAGACUACAAUAUGAGAUAAUUUGGUUGUGAA